AGAACAGAGCUGGAAUGUAAUAAUCCACCGAGAAACAGGCUUUAGUUUCCCAACACCAGCUCUCUGACUCUUUAUUCUGUUCAAACAGCAUCUCAAGAGUUUUUAACUGUUCUGCUCUUUAGAGAAGAACAGUAAAGAAGAGUUCUGGUUUUUAUUGUUUUUAAAACACGUCAAAAGAUGGGGAUGGACUCAGAGGUGAACAGUUCUGGUGAUGUUGCACCAUACGGAGGAAAAAGUGCUUUCAGCCAAAUGGAGCACAACAUCGUGGCUGGAUAUCUGAUAACUGCAGGUGUCAUCAGUUUGGCCAGUAACAUCGUCGUUCUCCUGAUGUUUGUAAAGUUCAGGGAGCUCCGCACAGCCACUAACUUCAUCAUCAUCAACCUGGCCUUCACUGACAUUGGAGUGGCUGGUAUUGGUUAUCCCAUGUCUGCUGCCUCAGAUAUUCAUGGAAGCUGGAAGUUCGGCUACGCCGGCUGUCAGAUAUAUGCAGCCCUCAACAUCUUCUUCGGCAUGGCCAGCAUCGGCCUACUGACUGUGGUUGCUAUUGACCGCUACCUCACCAUCUGCAGACCAGACAUCAGUCAGAAAAUGACUGCUAGGUCUUACAACAUCCUUAUUCUGGCUGCCUGGCUGAAUGCUGUGUUCUGGUCCUCCAUGCCAAUAGUAGGCUGGGCAAGUUACGCCCCUGACCCCACUGGAGCAACAUGCACAAUCAACUGGAGACAAAACGAUGCCUCCUUCAUCUCCUUCACGAUGGCGGUGAUUGCAGUAAACUUUGUGGUUCCUUUAUCUGUCAUGUUUUACUGCUACUACAACGUGUCUGUCACCGUGAAGAGGUACAAAACCAGUAACUGCCUGGAGAGCAUCAACAUCGACUGGUCUGACCAGAUGGACGUUACCAAAAUGUCUAUUAUAAUGAUCAUCAUGUUUCUGGUUGCCUGGUCUCCCUACUCCUUGGUUUGCCUCUGGGCAUCAUUUGGUGACCCAAAGACCAUACCUGCCCCGAUGGCCAUUAUUGCUCCUCUCUUCGCAAAGUCCUCAACGUUUUACAACCCCUGCAUCUAUGUUAUUGCCAACAAAAAGUUCAGGAGAGCCAUUAUUGGGAUGAUUCGAUGUCAAACAAGGCAACGGAUUACAAUCAGUACACAGGUCCCAAUGACAAUCUCCCAGCAGCCUCUGACCCAGUAAUUUAAGGCCUAUAUACCUAAUAUAACUAUACAGCUAUUUAAAUGUACCUACAUUAAAACCUUAUGAUAAAUAUUUAUGUAAUCCAUUUAUCAGUAUUUGACUAUCGUAGCCAUUUCUUUUGUUGGAUAACUGAGUACACUGUGGUAUUUGCAAUGUAAAUCCCACUUGUUUUUAUUUGCUGUUUUGUCCCAUUUAAAUCAAUUCAUAGAUUUAAUACCCAUUUGCAAUGUAUAUAACCUUGCUUUUCUGUUAGAUGAGAAUUUUUAUAAAUUUUAUGUAUGGUGACCAGCACAAAUAGAAUAAAGAUAAAUGUGGCUCAAGAAUCUAAA